CAGCGCCACGUUGGCAGAAACGGGGCUAAAAACUAUAAACUUAGGCGCAAUCGGAGUUGCAGGCGUCCACUGGCACAUUUAUACCAGCGCAAAUGCGAAUGAAACUGUUUCGCUGGAGUUGAACGCUUUUGUUUUACUGCUGUUUUCUUAAGUAUACAUAAAGGGCUUUAUCCGUUUGUCUGUACCCGAGCCCUGCUGGGUUUAAAUUGCCAGCGGGAUUCACCUGGGACUGUUGCUACACGUAACACAUCUGUCUGCGAAGCGUCCUAGAAGAUCUGCCAGCGAUACUAAGGAGUUGGGAGAGAAGGCAUCGUGAAAUUUCUGGGAACAAUGGUAAAGAUUGUGAACUCAGAGACCCAGCGGGGACCCAGCUAUGAGGAUAGCAUCACAGAGUACAUUGCUAACGAACCUGUGGGAGAUGAUGAGAAGGGGCACCAAGCCCCACAGCCAGGGAUGAUAUGGAGAGUCACCGGCGGGCUUUUUAGCGCCACCAAGGGCGUCGUGGGUGCCACAGUGGGAGGCGUGGCAUGGCUGGGGGGGAAGGGCCUGGAGAUCACCAAAUCGGCAGUCACCUCCGCACCUGCAGUGGGCGUUGGCCUUGUGAAGGGGGGCGUGUCUGCUGUGGCCGGGGGCGUGUCCACAGUGGGUUCGACAGUGGCCAGCAAAGUACCGUUCACAAGCAAGAGGAAAGACAAAGCAGAGUGAAGAACAAAAAUCUGGACACCAAAGAGCAUUACCUUAAAGACUGAAGACAUUGCGACAUUAAUACAGAUAGAAGGUAAACUGUUUCUUUUGAGCAUGUAUAGGAUAGUGUCAUUUAGUUUUCUUUUUUGUGUUUUUCCAGUGUUAGGAUGAUUGUGGGAAUGAGACUGAAAUUGUUUUACGGUACAGUCACUCCAGGCUUGGAUGUACUGGGAAUUCAGAAGCACAAGCAAUGCACCAGUUUAUUAUCCUCUCUAGAGAUGUGAACGAGGCUCAAUCACAGAUGUGUGGGUUUUAAGUUGGGCAAAGGAUCUUCAUCACCACCUGGUGCCAGUGGUUGCACAUCAGUGAGUGGUGUACUAAACAUGUAUUGGGUUUUAAAAUUAAUUUCUGAGAGAGAAAAAAUAUAUAUAUUUGAAGGUUGCGAAGGGCUAACACUUUACUGUUGUCUCUGUUUUUUGUUAAUUUUUUUUCUAUUUAAAGACUGCAUCUCAGUGUUAAGUUGUUUAGUUUUCAUUUACUUACAGACUGCCAUUUUGUUGAGUAUGUGUUGUCCGCGGGUUUCAUUGGUAGCAAGUGUCCUUUGAUAUACUAUCAGAAUGCAGAAAAGACUGUAUGUUGCGUGUCUCCAGCAGGAGCACACUGUUUAAGCCAAGCCAUCUUCAAUUGUGUAUACAGGAGGUUUAAAACAGUUGUGUGAAGAUUUGUUUACUGUCAAUAUAAUAAAGAAUUAUGUUUGAAGAAAA